AUGGAUGAGCGGCCAAUGCUGCGUGGUAUCUUUGCCUUUGAGGACGAGGAAACCCCGGAAUGGCGUCGCGUCGUUAUGUCUGAGACAUCAGGUGGUGUACCCAAGUUUGCUACUAAGGCUGAGUGCGAGGAUUUUAUCCGCAAGUACUGUUGGCGUGGCUCGAAUCCAGAUUUUCCCAUGCUGCAGCAUGUUUUUUCUAUGCUUGUGGACUGGCAACAGAUUACGGAGAUUCUGAUUCCCAAGAUACAAGAGUAUGACAUGAAGUUUCCACUAGAGCCUACACCCGAAUUGAGUGCAGACAAUCGCUUCGCACAGGGUGAAGGCCUACCGAUAGCUGAGGGCGUGGAUUACCGUGUCAAUAUACCAUUCCACCAGCAAACGAAUCGUGAGUCUACGAUCAACACGUUGCAUUAUUUGUUCUUUCACAUGCGCUGUGGCAUUUUCGUAAUGAUCCGUCGCCGUCGUGUCGUGAUUUUCGCCCCGUUCGCGAACAGAGACUACGUGAACAAUUGGGGACAGAAUGUGACCUUUGACAGCUCAGACGGCAGUAUGUUUGCCUAUUACCGAGAGAAGCAACGUUAUUACCGACGCGAAAACAUUAUUCCAGACGUAAACAAGUGGUGGGCCAAUGGCAAUAUCAUCUGCAAUGAGCAUUGUAGGUAUCGUAAUAAAGAGAACGAGACGCAGUACUGGGGAGAUCAGUUUCUUACUCAGCUGAGAGACAUGCUUGAGGAUGCUUGCAAGCAUCGCAAUAUUGCAGAUUGCGAGUUUUUUAUCAACAAACGUGAUUAUCCGCAUCUAAAGGAAAAUCUGACUGAGCCUUACGGAUUCCUGUUUGACAAAGAUGACCGGAACCCGAAGGACGAUAUUCCAUUAACAGAAUACUUUUACCCAACGUAUGCUCCGAUCAUGAGCUUCUACGUGUCGAAGCGCUUUGCAGACAUUCCGUUUCCAUGUUCAGAAGACUGGGAAGCAGCUACAGGUCUCGUAUUCCCACAGUCAUUCCGACAUACGCAUUGUGACCAGUGUCCAUGUCGUAAUUCGGUGCAUUGCGAAAACGAUUGGAAGUGCUUUUGUGACGUUGGCGCCAACGGCCGAAAGAGACACGGUAUUGAAGGCGCACGGGACUUGUUCACGGCCAGCAACUUCCGGAAGUUCUACAAACCCUGGGCAGACAAGGUGAGCACAGCGUUUUUCCGUGGUAGCGCAACUGGUGGUGGUACAACAAUUGAAACAAAUCAGCGUCUUCACUUAGCACAUCUUUCCAACACAUGGAAGAAGGAUCCUGAAAUGAACGGCGAGGCCGAGAGAGAUGUGGCAGGAGAAGAUGACAGAAAUCACACAUUAGUGCCGCUGCUAAACGCUGAGGUAACGACGUGGAAUCUUCGUGAUAAGAAGAUUGCUGGCAAGCCCAUGACGUUUUUGCGCCACGAAGACUUUAUCUUUGAAGGUGGGCGUCAACAUUUCAUCCCUAUCUAUGAGCAGUCCAAAUUCAAGUACAUUUUAUACGUGGAAGGCCACUGCGCUGCAAACCGUUACGCCUUCUUGAUGCGUCUGGGUAGUGUGAUUUUGAAGGUUGAAUCGCGCUGCGUUGCUGAUGAGAUGUGGUAUUACCCAAUACUAAAACCAUUCGAAGACCACGUGCCGAUCAAAGCGGACCUUUCAGAUUUGGCCGAAAAAAUUCGGUGGUGUCGUGAAAAUGAUGAAAAGUGCGAGCAGAUUGCAGCCCGCGCCAAUGAGCUGUAUGAAAGAUUUGUAUCAAAAGAGGCUAUUCAUGAUUACAUGGAGGUGAUUUGCAACCGAGUUGCACAGCGUUUUCAGACAACACCUAAAUGGUAUAAACGGCCAGAGGGUGUCGAAUCGACGAAAAAGCCCGAUUUUGGCCGCUGUCGCGGGAUGUGUGUCGGUGGAGCAAGUGCGCGUUAUUGCAAGCGCUGCCUUGAGAUGAAGGACGAUGAUGACAAAGCUCGUGUGAAUCGUAAACGCGAGCAUGAGAACUCGCGAGAUGACAAUCGUCAUGGUAGCUAUUCCUACAAGGAUCAUGGUCGCAACCGUGGUCGUGGUCGCAGCCGUGAUCGCGAUAGCCGGACUGGUGAUCAAGGAGGUGACUAUGACCGCCGAGACCGUGGCUACGGUGUCAAUUUGGAGAAACACAGGUAUCGCCGCGAUGAUACGGAGCAUCAAGAUAGAAGUCCAAAGCGACCAGGCAUACAACAAUGCCGGAAAUGUCGUCGUGCGAAGUCCGCCUGUCAGUGCAGUUUUCGUCGUCAGUAG